AUGUGCGCAGUCAGUCUCCAGAUGUUCACAGUCUGUCUCCAGAUGUUUACAGUCAGUCUCCAGAUGUUCAGUCAGUCUCCAGAUGUUUACAGUCAGUCUCCAGACGUUCAAUCAGUCUCAGAUGUUCAGUCAUUCUCCAGAUGUGCAGUCAGUCUCAGAUGUUCAGUCAGUCUCAAGACAUUCAGUCAGUCUCCAGACGGUCAGUCAGUCUCCAGACGGUCAGUCAGUCUCCAGACGUUCAGUCAGUCUCCAGAUGUGCGCAGUCCGUCUCCAGACGUUCACUCAGUCUCCAGAUGUUCAGUCAGUCUCCAGAUGUUCAGUCAGUCUCCAGAUGUUCAGUCAGUCUCCAGAUGUUUACAGUCAGUCUCCAGACAUUCAGUCAGUCUCAGUCAUUCUCCAGAUGUGCAGUCAUUCCCAGAUUUUCAGUCAGUCUCCAGACGUUUAGUCAGUCUCCAGACGUUCAGUCUCCAGAUGUUUACGUUGAGUCUCCAGACGUUCAGUCUCCAGAUGUUCAGAGUCAGUCUCCAGACAUUCACAGUCGGUCUCCCGACGUUCAGUCUCCAGAAGUUCAGUCUCCAGAUGUUUACAGUCAGUCUCCAGACAUUCAGUCAGUCUUCAGAUGUUCAGUCAGUCUCCAGAUGUUUACAGUCAGUCUCCAGAUGUUCAGUCAGUCUCCAGAUGUUCACAGUCAGUCUCCAGAUGUUCAGUCAGUCUCCAGAUGUUUACAGUCAGUCUCCAGAUGUUCAGUCAGUCUCCAGAUGGUCACAGUCAGUCUCCAGAUGUUCACAGUCAGUCUCAAGAUGUUCAGUCAGUCUCCAGAUGUUCACAGUCAGUCUCCAGAUGUUCAGUCAGUCUCCAGAUGUUCACAGUCAGUCUCCAGAUGUUCACAGUCAGUCUCAAGAUGUUCAGUCAGUCUCCAGAUGGUCACAGUCAGUCUCAAGAUGUUAA